UGUGCUGUGCUGUGUGUGUGUGGGGCCGGCCCGGCCCAGCCCAGCCGCUUGGAACGCACUGUAUCAAUUCCGGGCAACACUGACACACGGUCGCCAUGAUUCUGAUUUCCUCCAUUGUUACACUUGGGUGCAGUAAUCCAUGAUGGAUAAGAUAUUGGAAGCACUCAUCAUUUCUUCGCACUCCCUACCUGUGAAGAAGGGGAUUGUGAAGAAAGUGGUCGAUGCAGCUGAGAACUCAGUUGACCGGGAGCAAUGCAAGGCCAUGUUUCAUCUCACCACUCGGCUGAUUCUAAUCGGGGAGGACAACUUUCAGAAACAAGUGGGUCAUCAGGUACUUGAUGCCUAUGCCAGAUACCACCGUUGUGAAUUUGAAGAAUUCUUUAACAAGGGCUUUAUCCUAAACCUUUUGCAGCAAGGUUAUGGAUCAUUGGACAAGAAAAACAUUGGCAUCAUCGACUAUAUCCACAUGGGAUUAAAACUUAUAAUGAGUUGUCCUUCUGUGCUUGAAAUCUUCAGCUUCAUGCACACUGAGGUUCUGCGACUAGUUUGUGAGAGGCCAGAGCCUUUGCUGUGUGCUAAGCUGAGCGAGUUGUUGUCUGACUUUGUGCACUGCAUCCCGAGGGGGAAAUCUGCGGUGCUUUUUUGCCAGCAAUUAGUAAGGACAAUCAGCCAGUUCCAGUGCAAUGCCACACAGGAGGAAGAGAUCCGUGGAUUCAUUUCUCAGGUGAACAAAGUAAGCAAUUUGCUGCAAAGCAUUUGGAAAGCUGAGCCUGGUGCGCUUCUACCUUCUCUACAAGAGGUGUUUGUAAUAAUCUCUGCCACAGAUUCCAUAUUCGAACCAUCUAUAGCUCUAGCAAGUCUUGUUCAGCACAUCCCGUUGCAAAUGAUAACAGUUCUCAUUAGGAGCCUAAUCACAGAUCAAAAUGUUAAAGAUGCCAGCAUGACUUGUGCUCUCUGCAGGAUGAUUGAUUGGCUGUCUUGGCCAUUAGCUCAGCAUGUUGAAACAUGGGUGAUUGCAUUACUCAAGGGAUUGGCUUCUGUCCAGAAAUUCACCAUCCUCAUAGAUGUCACUCUGCUUAAAAUUGACCAGGUAUUUCAGCGACUUUGGUAUCCCAUCGUGCGGCCCGGAGCUUUAGUGGUUCUUUCCCACAUGCUGCUCAGCUUUCAACAUUCUCCAGAAGCUUUUCAUUUAAUUGUACCUCACAUCAUAAAACUGGUUCAGGUUUUGAAAGAUGAAGCUUCACCGGCCCGUAAAAUCUUCCUCGUGCAAUUGACUGAGUUGGUGCAUUGUAUGAUGUAUCAGUACUCUGGCUUCCCUGAUUUGUAUGAACCCAUUCUUGAGGCCAUUAAGGAUUUGCCAAAACCUUCUGAAGAAAAAAUGAAGCUCACUCUUAAUCAAAGUGCCUGGACGUCGCACUCCAAUUCUCUGGCAUCUUGUUUGUCAAGGCUGUCUGGAAAAUCUGAAACUGGGAAAACUGGGUUAAUAAACCUGGGCAACACGUGCUAUAUGAAUAGUGUAAUUCAAGCAUUAUUUAUGGCCACAGAUUUCAGGAGAUCCGUUUUAUCACUUAAUCUGAAUGGAUCGCGACCUUUGAUGAGAAAGCUGCAACUUCUAUUUGCAUUCUUGGCACACACUCAGCGCGCAGCAUAUGCUCCACAGAGUUUCUUUGAAGAAUCAAGACCACCGUGGUUCACCCCUGGGUCCCAGCAAGAUUGUUCCGAAUACCUAAGGUUCCUUUUGGAUAGGUUACAUGAAGAAGAAAAGACUUGCAGAAUGGUGUGUGAGAAUUCCCCACCAACCUGCGUUGGUGAAAGCUCUGCGUUCGAGUGUGGCUCUGGAGGGCAUCCUGAAGAAAUAUCAUCUCUCACUGAAUCAAAUCUGGCAAGAGUGGAUGGGAAAACACUUACAGAGAAAAUGUUUGGAGGCAAACUGCAGACUACAAUACACUGUCUAAACUGUAAAAGCACCUCACAGAAACAAGAGGCAUUCACUGACCUUCCUUUGGCCUUUCCACCAUGCCUUGAGGACAUGGUCGAAGCUGGAUCAACACAGUUGUUUGUCCCAGCAGAGUAUGGAAGCAAAAUGCCUGCGUGUUGUACUGCAGUAAUCUCCGACACUCUUCACCCUGCACCUGCAGACGUUCAUGACCUUCAGGUGGAAGAAGUGGGACAUAGAUCAGAGGCAGAGGAUGAAAGGCUUCAAACAUUUCCACUACAGCCCGUUAAUUCAAUACAAUCUGAUAAACUAGUCACAGUUCACAGCAAUAAAUCUGUUGACCAGAAUGAUAAAACUAAGUCUGUCCCUAAUCUAAUAAACUACUUUUUGGCCCCAGAGAUACUCAAUGGAGAGAACAAAUAUUACUGUGAAAAUUGUGCCUCUUUGCAGAAUGCACAAAAGGUGAUGCAGGUUGUCGAUGAACCCGAAUACCUCAUUCUCACUCUCCUACGGUUUUCAUACGAUUCAAAAAGUCACGUCAGGCGGAAAAUCCUGGAUGAUGUGACACUUCCCCUCAUUUUACAGUUGCCAGUUGAAAAGAAAAUUCCCAAAUCGCUUGCAAUCAGCCAACCAUUGUUAUCUGAUUCCCCCGAAAACCUGCCUAAAAAAUUGAAGCCUUCUGGCUCAGUAAAUUCAAGUGAUUCGCAGUCGGUAUCUUACCAUCUCUGCUCAAUCGUCGUGCAUUCUGGGAUGUCAUCUGAGAGUGGCCACUAUUACUGCUAUGCCAGAAACACUGGCUCGGGAUCCAUCGGCCAAUUGUGUUAUAAGACUGACCUGGCCGGCUUGUCCUCUCCAAGCUAUAUGACAGAUAAUGACAAUUCCAGUAGCACGUCGGUUAUUUGGCAUGAACCAAACUGCAAAGAGCCUUCGAAGGAAUGGUUUCUGUUCAAUGACAGCAGAGUGACCUUUACGUCCUUUCAAUCCGUUCAGAACAUUACCAGCAGGUUUCCCAAGGACACCGCAUAUGUCUUGUUUUAUAGAAAGCAGGAGGAGAAUGAUGCCAUCUACCCAAGUACAGUAAAUGGGCUCUGGGUGAACGGAGAUCCACCUCUGCAGAAAGAACUCAUGGACGCCAUUACAAGAGACAACAAGCUUUAUCUACAGGAACAAGAGUUAAAUGCUCGUACCAGAGCAUUGCAGGCGUCCUCUACGUGUUCAUUUCGUCCACAUAGUUUUGAUGACAGUGACCCACCGGGGAGCUGUGGCCCAAGUGGAGGUGGUGGGGGCGGAAGCGGAGGGUUUAAUACUAUUAGCCGUCUUGUCUUCUGAGAAUCAACUUUCAACAAGGGCCAACUUUCUUCCCCUACUUCUCCCCCUCUCUCAUUGAUGAUUGGAGGAAACAGGCGCUGUCACUCUGUGGCUCAGAAUAUAUAUUAAUGAAAUCUCAAGAUGCUUCCAACUGUUCUGCUUGUUUUUCCCAAUUGAGGGGGGAAAAAUGAAUUUAGCAGCUCAAGGAGCCUGGGGUUGAAAAGGCGAGAAAACAUACAUGAUUGCAAUAAUUUUUAAUGUUUGUAGCUUUCUUAACCUUGCUCCUAAAUUUGACCAUAACUAUAUUUGCAUGUUUAGAUUGAUUUUUGUAAAUAAGCAUUCAGCAUUGCAUUGUGUAUUUGUAUAAUGGCUGUAAAUACAUUUCAAGUGAACUUUUCAAAUUCAUGUAUUCAAAGUAUGGAAAUGGUCAUUUUUAAAUUGCCACAUUUCUGGCGUCGGAUUUCUUUCAUAUUUUUUUAUUUUUACCGUGCAUACAGCAUCUUGCAACUUCAGGGAGCAUUACAUCAUAGAUUUGAUUGCAAUUCAUUCCCCCAACCCCUCCACGUUCCUUUACAACGCCCCAUCUUUCUUUGCUCGUGUGUGCCUUGAGAUCUGUACAGACCGGGUGCAUUUUAGAAUCCAAAAUCUGAAGGUUCUAUUUUUUUUUUAACUACCAUCUUUGGGAGAGGGAGAAGAAUCACUUGUAUGUUUAUCACAGAUGUAUCUUAACAUCGUAAAACUGUUUACGUUUUUGAAGUUUCUAAGAAACCCUGCCAUCACUUGAAGAGAUUUGAGGUUUAUUGCACAUGCACACUAAAUAUAAGCAAGUAAUGAAAGUGUUUUCCGGUGUUUGUUCAUGGGUGCUGCAGCGAUUUUAACUCCUGAAUAAUUCAAAACAUUGUCAAACUUAUGUUGGGAAUUGUUCUACCGUUGUGCUAAGAAGAGUUGAAAAAAGCAAUAUUUAUAAUUAAAUAUUUCAAUAUAUAGCGCAGAAGUAGACCAUGUGAUCCUGCAAAACAACAAUACUGGAAAAAUGUUGGAUUUUAUUCAGUAACAAGUUUUCACUAAAUUAUUGAUUUUUUUACUUUAGAAGUGCACUGCUAUGCUUUAGGAUAUGAAAUUAAAAAAAAUUCAAGUCCUAUUUUGCAUAUGAUCUUUUUCUUCCCACAACUAUAUUCAGGGUGUAGCAAUAAUCAAUGAAUGCUGAGAAUCUUUUUGGAAAUUGCCUUUAUUUAAUAUCUAAUAUUAAACACUGAUGCAACAAUGCUUUUCCAUAA